UAUUUAUUUACCAAACAAAACAAUUAAAAGAUCAAUUUGAAGUUUUAAAUAUAUAAGUAUAUUUUUUCAUUUACAAGUUUUAUUACAAAUUUAACUUACUAUUAAUUAAAACAAAUUUUCCGUUAAUUUCCGCUAAAUUAAAAAGCGGAUGAGCUAAUCUAUUUGAUUUGUCCGGAACUGGAAAGGCACUACAAUUUAAACAGAUGAAGACAAAAUAAUGGAUAUAGAUAAAAAGAUAAUUAGGAAUCCUAUGAAUAUAGAAGCUAAAACAAUUUUAACUGAGAACCAAAUAAAAUUUGUUCUAUCUAAGAAUAAUAAACUGUCAGCUGUAAUGAAUAACUUAAAUAAAUCAAAGAUUGAUGGUGAUGGCUCUUCAUCUUCAUCGUCAACAACUAAUUCCCUUCCAGUUAAUGAGCUUGGGAAAAUGUUAUUAAACUAUUCUAGAGAAGGGAAUGCUGAGAAAAUAUUUAAAUUAAUACAGGAAGGUGCCCCAUUUAUAAGCGAUUGGCUUGGAAUGUCUGCUCUUCACUUUGCUGCAAUGUGUAACCACCGCGAAGUUCUUGAACUUUUACUUAAAAGCGGUCAUAAUAAAGACACGCGAACCAAAGUUGAUCGUACAGCUAUGCACAUAGCUGCCCUUCAUGGACAUGCAGAAAUAAUAGAAGUCUUACUAAAAGUUGAUUGUGAUGUUAAUGCUAGAGAUAUGCUGAGAAUGACACCGCUACACUGGGCAGUUGAGCAUGGACACGCAGAAGUAGUAAAGUUACUUUUAAAAUACGGCGCUGAUGUGGACGCUAUUUGUAAAUUUGAAAGAACACCCUUAUCUAUAGCGAUUCAAACCGGACAAACAGAAUUAUUGAAAGAAUUACAGAUUGCACGAGAUCUUAUGAGAAAUAAACCACAGAUAACAGAUCAAAAUGAAACCGAAACCAAUGCAGCUGUGCAUUCUAUAAUGUUAGAAAAUAAUGAAGAAGAUGUUUUUGAUGUUGAUAAUGAUGGUGACAUAAAGGUAAAAGAUGAAAUACCUUCGGAAGAAAAUGGAGAUAUAACAGAAGAUUACCCUGCCAAUUUAUCAACUUUUGACAUGAUAAAGAAAUUGAAAUCAAUGAUGGCUGCUGAUGAUUCCGAUGAUACAAUAUUAACAUCCGCUUUGCAAAAUGGAAGACAAUUAGUUUUAACCGAAGGAGGAAAACUUGCAUUAAAUAAUCUCAAAAAUAAGCAAGAACAAAAUACUUCUUUUGAAAAUUCUAGAAGAACAUUUGUUCAGAAUGAACAUCAUAAAAAGCAGUUGGCUUUAAAAGCUAAACCUGUAUCACUUAAAACACCAUCAAAAAAUGUUAAAAUACUUUCAAUGGAUGCAUUUAAAAAAAUGUAUGGGUUAACGAAAAGUAUUAAACCAGGGAUGCAUUUCACAAAAUUAACAAAGGUUGCCAACUCAAAUGAAAUAAUCAAAAAAAAAAUAAAAUACGAUUCACCAGUACCUUUGAAUAGUUCAAAUAUAGUUAGUGCAAGUAAAACAGCAAUUAAUACACAAAUUAGAAGCAGAUUAGAAGAAAAAGAAGAUGAUUUAUCUAGUAUAAUUGAAAUAUGUACUGAAAAUGAUAGCGAUCAAGAAAUAUAUGACACAUCUAAUGAUAGUAAUAGCAAUAUUAAGCAAAUAUCAGAUCCAGUUAGUUCUAAUAAUUUAUCUUCAAAUUUUAUGGCAAAUAAUGAAGGUAUGGUUCCUUCAUCUUCAAACAACUCUCCAUUGCAUGUAAAUUUAAAUCAACAAACAUUUAGAAGUAAUGUUGUUCAAUUAUUAGACAUACCAGAAAUAUGCCGCCAAUUGCAAGAAUUGAAAAGAAGUCAUGAUGCUUUAAAAAAAGAACUUGAACUAACACGUAUAGAAAAUGAAGAAUACAAAAUGCGAUUAGAACGAUUAGAAUGCAGAAUUGACGAACAAGAGCUUAAAUUGAGCUGAGAUUUGCUGAUAUUUUUAAGAAAAUAUUAUUUUUUUUUUUGGUUCAUUUUUCAUCUUAUUUUAGAUUGUUACAUGUACAUAAUAUAACACACAAUAUAAUAUAUAGUAUUAUAUAAAAAAAAAAUAUUUUUUAAAUGAGGAAUGUUAUUAUACUACUUUUU